CUUAACACCACAUUACAAUGACACUUUCCCUAAGUAUACCCAAUAAUGUGUGGCCUCUUCAACAGAAGGAUGUGAAGAAAGCUAUGCAACAACCUUUAGGAUGAUAUGUAUCAAUCCAUCAAUUCAACAGAAUAAAGUCACUUGCUACAGCAAACGAUUUAAGGCUUAUCGCUUGGGAUGGCUAUUAAGAUGGACGGACAUGUAUCUCUUUUUGCCUAGAACAACUAGUGUAAAUACCCAGAAAAGAUCAAAGACGGAUUAAAUGCAUCUGGUCAUUUGGAUAGCUCUUGAGUUAGCGAGCCUUUUCUGUGCAUGUAAAUUGCGAUUUUCCGCACUAAUUACUGCAAUGUCAGACAUUAAACCCGAUGGAAUUUUUCUUUGAAUUUAAAAAAGGGAUUUAUCAGACCAAUGCAGUAGAGGGCAGCAGUGAUCAUUGCUUGAUACCGAACAUUACUGUUAAAUUUGUCAAAAGCUGUCCUACUACGGAGAAAGAGUGGAAUAAAGCAGCAGCUAUGAAAAAUUGUUCAGCGUAUGCUAACAUGUGCAAAGGUACAUAUAUGUACCACUGUUUACCUGACACACAUAAUAACGAAUUAGUUGAAGUGUGUGCGGAAGAAGAGUUCAUUCAUUUAGGUUCCUGUGCUGAAUUUAGUUCGAGUGCUCUUAAGAUAAUAUCGAACUACAAGACAAACUGUUCAGUAUUUCCCAACAACCCUUGCCCUAUUUCGUACAGUUCUACAACGGCAUUCAAAUAUCCUGGUUGUUUUGAAUUGAAAAAGUCAAGAAACGAAACACAAACUACUCCAUUAAAUACUUCGAGUAAAGUUAUUGACCAAACCAGAUUGUACCAUCAAAACAGUGCAUUCUAUAUCCACAAUGUGACGAGUGCUUUAAAAGGGACAUUAUGCUCUUUAUUUCUCCUGCUGACAUAUAAAAUAAUAAGUUUAUGUUAAUGUCGUGAAUGUCAUGAACGCGAAAU